CCGGAAUCAGCUCCACAUCUCUUCAUCCGUCCCCUUCUCUCUCUCACUCUCUCUUCUCGCAUUGCAUCAGGUCUCCCCCUGCUACAGACAUUUUUCACAGCCAUGCCAAAGCUCAACCUCAACAAGCCCUCGCACAUCAUGCUCGCUUGGGCAGGCCUGACCAUCACCGGCUUCACCUGUUACGCCCUGACAAAGACUGAGAUUUAUCUCCGUCGCCGCGAAUACGCCGCACCCUCUAGCACCAUCCCCGCCAAAGCAACCGAAGUCUCAUGGGAAGAAAGGAUCGCGAUGGACGAGGCCAACGCGGCACGGAAGGGCUACAGCGUCAACUACCGCGAUAUCCAUAAGGCCGCCUCGGAAGCAUCAGCGUCAGAAGACGCCAGUAAUUGAAUAGAUUUUCUUUAUAUCCCACCGCCUGCGACCUUGUCAAAUAAAAAAAUCGAUCGUACUUGACUGACAAGGCGUUGCGAAGAGUUCAUUGAGGGUGUUUUUUUUUGUUCUUUUUUAUUAUAUUACAUGACAAGAAAACAGACAAGAGACAAGAAAAAAGAAAUGAAGGAGGAAAAAAAAAAAGAUAAAUAAAUGGAUAAAAAAAAAAAAGAACCAAAAA